GCUUGAUGACGAUUUUGCCAACAUGGCGGCUUACAGUAGCUGUCACACGGGAGUACACAGUCUAGUGAAGACCUGACUGUUUCUAAACACUGAAUAUAUGCUUUCAAUGAGGAUUUUAAUCCUCAAAUCUUUUUUCGACGGGAAGAUAUGUUCGACAUGCAGUUUAAAACCACAAUAUUGUUUCUUUAUUCAGGAAUUACAUGUUAGUGAGCUGAUAGAGAGAUUAUGUCUCUGUUUAGAUCCCACGGGCUCUUUCUGCCCUUUAUCAAACGCUUUCCUGAUAUCAAAAUAUGCCGCGUUAAACGCAGAUCUCAGGGCUGCAUGACCACAUAUACAGUGAUCAGACACAGAUGGAUGAAAAACUCUUGCUGGAGCAUCAGUCCUGUCAGAGAAUUCAGCUCCAAUGUAUCUGAGAAGGAGAGUCUCGACAUGUCAAAGUUUCCAGUGGAGAGAAUUCGAAAUUUCAGCAUUAUUGCUCAUAUUGAUCAUGGCAAGAGCACUUUAGCUGACAGACUUCUGGAGAUCACAGGUGCCAUUGCAAAGACAGCGAGUAACAAGCAGGUGCUGGAUAAACUGCAGGUGGAGAGAGAAAGAGGAAUCACUGUUAAAGCUCAGACCGCAUCUCUCUUUUACCAGCAUGAGGGACAGACGUAUCUGCUCAAUCUCAUCGACACACCUGGCCAUGUUGACUUCAGCUAUGAAGUUUCACGGUCCAUAUCUGCUUGCCAAGGAGUUCUGCUCAUUGUAGAUGCAAAUCAGGGAAUUCAAGCGCAAACAGUUGCCAAUUUCUACCUGGCGUUUGAGGCUCAACUGACAAUCAUCCCUGUGAUAAACAAGAUUGAUUUGAAAAAUGCUGAUCCAGAGCGAGUUGAAAAACAGAUUGAAAAAGUGUUUGAUAUUCCAAAGGAAGAGUGUAUCAGGAUCUCUGCAAAACUGGGCACAAACGUGGACCAAGUUCUCCAAGAGGUGGUGAGACGGAUUCCUCCUCCGACAGCAAAGGUGGAAGGUCCAUUUAAAGCCCUUGUCUUUGACUCCAACUUCGACCAUUACAGAGGAGUAGUGGCCAACAUCGCUUUGUUUGGAGGACGUGUGUCCAGAGGAGACAAGAUCGUCUCUGCCCACCUGGGAAAGUCAUAUGAGGUCAAUGAGCUGGGCCUUCUGAGACCUGACGAACACCCAGCAGAAACACUGUAUGCAGGGCAGGUGGGUUACGUGAUUGCAGGGAUGAAAGAAGUGAAGGAGGCUCAGAUUGGAGACACACUUUACCUCCAAAAACAGCCUGUGGAGCCGCUGCCAGGGUUCAAACCGGCUAAAGCCAUGGUCUUUGCAGGCAUGUAUCCCAUGGACCAGUCAGAAUACACAGCCCUGCGCAGCGCUGUGGAGAAACUGACGCUGAACGACUCCAGCGUGACGGUUCAAAGGGACAGCAGUUUAGCUCUGGGGGCUGGAUGGAGGCUGGGAUUUCUGGGCUUGCUGCAUAUGGAGGUGUUUAACCAGCGUUUAGAGCAGGAGUACAAUGCAUCUGUCAUAGUAACAGCUCCGACUGUACCGUACAAGGCUGUGCUAGCAUCUGCCAAACUCAUAAAGGAACACGGUGAAGAAGUGAUCACCAUCAUCAACCCGGCUCAGUUCCCUGAUAAGUCACAGGUCGUGGAGUAUUUGGAACCCAUGGUGAUGGGAACCAUCAUCGCUCCGGACGACUUCACUGGAAAGAUCAUGACCCUGUGUCAGAGCCGCAGGGCCGUUCAUAAGAAUAUGUUCUACAUCGAUGACCAUCGGGUGAUGAUUAAGUAUAUUUUCCCUCUAAACGAAAUUGUGGUGGACUUUUACGACCAGCUGAAAUCCAUGUCAUCAGGAUACGCCAGCUUUGAUUACGAGGAUGCUGGUUAUGAGGCUGCUGAUCUGAUUAAGAUGGACUUCCUCCUCAACGGGCGGCCAGUGGAAGAACUUGCCACUAUCGUUCAUAAAGACAAAGCGUACAGUGCGGGUAAAGCCAUAUGUGAGAGACUGAAGGAGUCCAUCCCCAGACAGAUGUUUGAGAUCGCAGUGCAAGCAGCCAUCGGCAGCAAGAUCAUCGCUCGAGAAACAAUAAAAGCAUAUCGAAAGAAUGUCCUGGCAAAAUGUUAUGGUGGUGACAUUACACGAAAAAUGAAACUGCUAAAGAAGCAGGCUGAGGGAAAGAAGAAAUUGCGCCGCAUUGGAAACAUUGACGUCCCAAAAGACGCUUUCAUCAACGUUCUUAAACGGAAGUAGUUCCCUCAGGAACAUUAUCAUAACAGACAUCAAAGCCUGGGGUUGAUUUGUGAAUAGGAACAUGCCAAUGUACAGUAUGAUGAUUGAUUUAGAAAUGCUAUUAAAGUUCAUAUAACUAAGUGAUGUUGUUCUGGGAGCUUAAAGCAGGUUUGAUGAAUUAAUCUUCAUCAUGCUGAAACAACAUCGCAGUUCUCUCAGGAGCGGAUUCAGAGACUGCAAGCUAAGGGUUUUCAUUGGAAACGUUUAGACUGAGUGGAUGCAGAAGUAUUUGGCAGCACUGUUUCCCUUUGAACACAUUUGUUUCAUUUCCACCAAGCUGCAGAGGCUGCAGUGCUUGUGGAUGUAAGGCUGAAAGCAGUCUGGGACAUUUUCUGAAACAUUUUUGAGUGUUUGAGUUUUUGCAACUAUAAGCAGAAAUCGGGCGAUUCUGACAAGACUAUUGCAUGUCAAUGUCUUAUUUCACCCCAUAAUUAAAAACAUAUAAGGAUUUUUACUAUGCAUAUAGAUAAUUAACCCUGUUUUUAUUACAGUUGCAAUUAAGCACUCCACCUUUCCAUUCGGUGGCCUUUCGGAAAGUAAAAGAAGAAGAGUUUGAAUUAUAACUGUACUUUGGUGCUGCACAAAUAUUGUACAACGCACAGCUAGCUAGCUGCCUCAGGGGUCCGUGACGUUCGUCAGAGUUCGCCAAUGUCAAAUUGAUUGAGAUGGCCAGUCAAUCAAAUAAAGGCGGGCUUUACUGUUCACAGAAGCCAAGUGACAACUGUUAUUUGACAACUGUUUCACUAUAGAAAUGUUAAACGACCAACAGAAAUAUCCAAAUUUUAUCUGUUUUAUAUUGAAAAAAAACGUGAAUCGAAAUGUAAUGGCUUUGUCUCAAGUGUCAUUUAGCCUAUUAAAUUAAAAAGAUUAUUUGA